AUGGCAAGUAACGGAAAAUACGUGCUGGCAAAGAACGAAUCCGAACCGCAUUCAAAUGAUGUAGAACUAGAGCAGGAAGCGAGUUCUUGUAGCGUUGUCGGAAACAACAAUGACGAUUGUGAUGAAUGUAGCAAACGCUCAAACAGUGAGAGUUACUGUAGCAGCGAAUGUGAGAGUCAGAACAGCGAGGAUAGCGAAAGCAUUAAAGACCGAAACAGCAUAACUAGCUCUGGAAGCGUCCGCUCUCUUUGUGAAGCUAGGUCACCUAAUCUCCCACAAAAUAGUAAAGGAACCACAGACACGAAUCCUGAGAUUCAGGUCAGCACGAACACUAAACCAGUGGAUGAAGCUAAUUGUGGAAGUGAUCGAAUGCAGCGAAUUGAACAAGUCCUUGCAGACCUGACAAAGGCCAUUAGCCGCUUUGAAUCAGGCACUCAACAACCAGCGAAUCAUGAUGCUGAACAAAGUUGGAAUUUCAGCCAUGACCCUUCUAAACCACAAUGCUCAUACUCGAAUAGUGUAAAUGCUCUUACGCUGGAUGACGCAUUAAUCAAUUGCAGUAUUGGAGAGUCUAGUCCCAUAUGCUUUCUUAUCGACUCUGGUUCCGAUGUUAACGUUAUUGGUGGCAAGGAUUGGUUAUACCUAGAGCGCGAACUCAAAGCGGGUAUAGCAAAAUUCGAAAUCAUUCAAAGACUGACCCCAGGAUUGCACGCUUACGCUUCCGCCAAACCAAUGGCAAUAAAAUGUACAUUCAAAGGAAACGUUGUGGUACUAGGAUCAACGAAACCGUCAGUGGUUGCGACGUUUCACGUUGUUUCCGAUGGAGCGAGAUCACUUUUAGGCCGAUCUACAGCAAACGACCUGAAACUAUUGCAGGUAGGAAAGAGCGUGAACACUUUCGAGACUCUUGACGAAGAUUUAUUUCCUAAAAUGCCGGGUGUAAAAGUCAAGUUUAGCGUUGACAACUCUGUUGCACCUACUAAAAAUGCGUACUAUAACGUUCCAGCCGCGUUCAGGGAAGCAGCACGACUAAGGUUGCAUGAUAUGGAAAAACGCGGAAUCAUCGAAAAGGUGACGUCCGCGCCUAGCUGGAUAAGCGGCAUGUCAGCUGUGGCAAAAGGCAAGUCAGAUUUUCGACUUGUUGUCAACAUGCGAGCCCCAAACAAAGCCAUAAACAGGGAAUACUUUCGACUUCCUUUGAUUGAGGAAAUGCGGGUCAAGCUUCACGGGUCAAAGUACUUCUCUAAACUAGAUCUAAGCAGUGCCUUCUAUCAUCUAGAGCUAGCUGAAGAGUCGCGUGAACUCACCACUUUCCUCGCGGAAAACGGCAUGUACCGCUUCACACGACUGAUGUUCGGGGUCAACUGCGCUCCCGAAAUUUUCUAG